UCCAAGAUAUUCAUAUAGUAUAUAGCAUAGAAUGACUCACCUGAUGGGUCCCACGGAGUGCGCCAGUGCCAUGAUGACGCCCUCGAUGCAAUUCCUGGACAAUGGCCUUGGUGCAAAUCUCACGGAUUACAGUUGCUAUGCGAACGAUUUCUGGGUCACGCCCUAUAUGCCCGGCGAUCUGAGUCCCAUGAAGCAAAUCGAAGCCUGCAUCCAAACGGCGGGCAAGGAUCGCAGCUCGUACAAGCCGCUGGAGCAGAUCGAUGCCAAGUUGGCGGACAUCGAGACCCAUAGCACGGGAAGCACUGGCACUGCCAAUAGCAAUCACUCCAGCAGCAGCCACUCCAGCGGCAAUCCCCAAUCCCAUACCAGUUGCCAGGAGCAGUCGCUUCUCCCCGAUUAUCCUGGCGCCUCCACCAGUGAGGCGACAUCAGGAGCAGCGUCAGCCACCUCGGCGUCAGGAUCGGCGGGGGCGACGACGGCGACGGGAGGAUCUGCCUCCAAGAAAUACAAAAGCCAACACAAAAAAGACAGUAACAACAGCACGGAAAAUAACACGGGAAAAGCCAACAACAAUAGCAACAAUAUGGGAAAAGGGGAAGCGGAGCCAGUGCAUCCUUCCCUCGCUCAGGCCAUCGUUGUGCUGGAAACGAAGACUUUGUGGGACCAAUUCCAUGCCCAGGGCACCGAGAUGAUCAUCACAAAGACGGGUCGCCGGAUGUUUCCCACUUUCCAGGUGCGAAUCGGAGGCCUUGAUCCCCAUGCCACCUACAUUUGCAUGAUGGACUUUGUGCCCAUGGAUGACAAGAGAUAUCGCUAUGCCUUCCACAACUCCUGUUGGGUGGUGGCUGGCAAAGCGGAUCCCAUUUCCCCGCCCAGGAUUCAUGUGCAUCCCGAUUCACCUGCUGCCGGCUCAAAUUGGAUGAAACAAAUUGUGUCCUUUGACAAACUGAAGCUCACCAACAAUCAGCUGGAUGAAAAUGGACAUAUCAUAUUGAACUCAAUGCAUCGCUAUCAGCCCCGAUUCCAUUUGGUGUAUUUGCCCCCAAAAAAUGCGUCCUUGGAUGAAAACGAACACUCCAGUCAUUUCCGCACUUUCAUUUUUCCGGAGACAAGCUUUACGGCCGUAACUGCCUAUCAGAAUCAGCGGGUGACACAGUUGAAGAUUUCCAGCAAUCCAUUCGCCAAAGGCUUUCGAGAUGAUGGCACCAAUGAUGUAACCGGCAACAGUGGCAGCAGCAUGUCCAGCAUGAGCCACGAAAGCCAGGCUCGCAUGAAGCAGCAACAGCAGCAGCAGCAGCAGCAACAGCAACUGCAGCAGCAGCAGCAACUCAAGGAGCGAACGGCAGCGGGCAGCCACUUCACCUUGGGCUGCACCGACUUGGUUGCGGAUCAGCAGCAGGCACAGCUGCAGCAGCAGCUCCCGGCCACGCCCUCCAGCAGCUCUACCUCCGGCAACUCACCGGAUCUCCUUGGCUAUCAGAUGGAGCAACAGCUCCAGCAGCAGCAGCAGCAACAUCAGCAACUCCAGCAGCAGCAGCAGCACCAUCCAUUGCAGCAGCAACAUCUCCACCAGCAGCAUCAGCAGGUUCAGAACGGUGGCCAAUAUGGUGGCUAUCAUCAUCCCUAUCAGCCUCAUCAUCCCCUAACGCCGCACUCCACCAGCUCCGCAUCUCCGCCAGCAACGGCCACCGCUGCAUCCACGGCAACAGCAGGAGCAACCUCAAUUGCAGCCGUUGCAGCAGCAACAGCAGCAUCGCCAGCCGCCGGCACUGGAGCCACCCAGGUGAUGGCGGCGGCUAACAUUUACUCGAGCAUUGGGCAACCCUAUGCCCAGGAGCAGAGCAAUUUCGGAGCCAUCUAUCACCACAAUGCAACGGCUGCUGCAGCCGCUCACUAUCAUCAUGGACAUGGACAUGGACAUGGACACGGGCAUGGACAUGGACACGGGCAUGGUCCAUAUGCCAGUGCCUAUGAUAAGCUGAAGGUUUCACGUCAUGCUGCAGCUGCCGCUUAUGGAAUGGGAGCCAGUUAUCCCAGCUUCUAUGGAUCGGCAGCCCAUCACCAGAUGAUGAGACCCAAUAGCUAUAUAGACCUGGUGCCCCGCUAAAGAAUCCCAGCAAGAGUCAAGAAUAUAUAUCUAAAAUGGACAGGAUAAACGUUGAAGAGCUAGCUAAUUGUUAAAUCCAAGGGGAUGUCAGUAGUUUCUACAAAUUGGGUAUUAAAUCAGCAGUUAAAAUACAAGAUAUUUCUUAUAAAUCAUCUUCAAAAAGACUUUAGUAACAAUAAACCAUUUAAAUGUAAUGGAAAGUAAAUAAAGUUUUGAGUUUAAAGAAGUCAAUUUGAAAUCGAUAUUUCUCCAGCUCUCAAUUCAAUUUUAAUCAAGUGAAUAAAUAGUAUAAUAUCCCCAAACUUUUAGUCAUAUCUUUCAAGGAAAUUAAAAUCAAGGUAGGCCUUCAACUAUCAGUUCCUCGGAUUAUAUUCUUGAUUUAAGCAGUAAGAGGGAUUCAAGUAUUAGCAGCAAAAAAGAAAACCAAAUAUAAAUGCAACAAGUAUUACAAGUAUUUUACAACUAAAAUUACUAUUAUUAUUAUUAUUAUUAUGUUUUUUUUUAGUCUAGUUCUUAACUUUAUGAAUUUGUGUGCCAAAAAAUUAUGAAAAACCCCCAAAUA